ACAGGCUGUCAAAAUAAAAAAAAUAGUAAAGAAGGAAAAAGAGAAGAUUGAAAGAGUGAUCGUAGAACAUAGUCCACAUGCUGAAGCAUCGCGACGCGACGCCCUAGGAGCCCGACAUGUCUUCUCCUAAGGGAACGAAUCAGUUUGAAACCUCGACGCGCGACUCCGAUGGCGAGGAAAGCAGAGCGCAGGACGCGCCGCUGAGCGCGGAGGACAAAAGCAAAGCCAGCCGUCACCCGUUCAGCGUCGAGUCGCUCAUGUCCAAGAAGAGCACCUGCAGGAGCACGUAUUCUCCUCCUGCGCCUUUCCCAGAACAUCUGGGUCAGUAUUCUCACAGGACUUACUUCCAACAGAAAAGUCAAGUUUCAGCUGAAACAUUUCCCCAUGUCUCGGACUGCGUGAACGACGAGAGCGAAGACUCGAGUGACAAGGAGCAGAGCACUUGGCUGAAGAGCCCAACUUUCUCAUCACCGCAGAGAGCUACAAGUCCUCCGUCGACGUGCCACCUGCGCAAGCACAAGACCAACCGUAAGCCGCGCACCCCGUUCACCACGGCGCAGCUGCUGGCGUUGGAGCGGAAGUUCCGCCAGAAACAAUACCUGUCGAUCGCAGAGCGCGCCGAGUUCUCCAGCUCUCUGAGCCUCACCGAGACGCAGGUGAAGAUCUGGUUCCAGAACAGACGCGCCAAGGCCAAACGGCUGCACGAAGCCGAGCUGGAGAAACUGAAGCUGGUUUCUAAACCUGCACUGCCCGCCGCACUGGCCUUGCCCUUCUCUCUCGCUGCACACGCGCCUCCAUCUGUGUACGGCGCCGCCGCGUCCGGGCUGCCGCGCCCGAGCCUCGCCGUGCCCGCGCUGUUCGGCUCGCCUUAUGGAAUGUAUUACCUAUCAUAAUAAUAACAACACCAGCAAGAACUUCUUGGUUCCACCGUGCCUCUUUGUUUUAAAGACUCUAAUGUGCAGUUGCAAUAACGUUUGACAAAA